AUGGCACCUCUGAGCCAGAUAAGCACCCACAUCAACUCCACCUGUGGGGCAGAGAACUCCACAGGGGUCACCCGGGCCCGCCCGCAUGCCUACUACGCCCUGUCCUACUGUGCGCUCAUCCUAGCCAUUAUCUUCGGCAACGCCCUGGUGUGCGCAGCUGUGCUGAGGGAGCGCGCCCUACAGACCACCACCAACUACCUGGUGGUGAGCCUGGCUGUUGCAGACCUGCUGGUGGCCACGCUGGUGAUGCCGUGGGUCGUGUACCUGGAGGUGACAGGUGGAGUCUGGAACUUCAGCCGCAUUUGCUGUGAUGUUUUUGUCACCCUGGAUGUCAUGAUGUGUACAGCCAGCAUCCUGAACCUCUGUGCCAUCAGCAUAGACAGGUACACAGCAGUGGUCAUGCCUGUUCACUAUCAGCAUGGAACCGGGCAGAGCUCCUGUCGGCGUGUGGCACUCAUGAUUACAGCUGUGUGGGUGCUGGCCUUCGCUGUGUCCUGCCCUCUUCUCUUUGGCUUCAACACAACAGGGGACCCCAGCAUCUGCUCCAUCUCCAACCCUGAUUUUGUCAUCUACUCUUCAGUGGUGUCCUUCUACGUUCCCUUUGGGGUGACCAUCCUGGUCUACGCCAGGAUCUACAUGGUGCUGAGACAGAGGAGACGGAAACGGAUCCUCACUCGACAGAACAGUCAGUGCAUCAGCAUCAGGCCUGGAUUCCCGCAGCAGUCUUCCUGUCUGCGGCUCCAACCCAUUCGGCAGUUUUCAGUAAGGGCCAGGUUUCUGUCAGAUGCCACGGGACAAAUGGAGCACACAGAAGACAAACAAUAUCCCCAGAAAUGCCAGGACCCUCUCUUGUCACACCUGCAGCCCCUCUCUCCCGGCCAGACACACGGAGAGCUGAAGCGCUACUACAGCAUCUGCCAAGACACUGCCUUGAGGCACCCGGGCUUUCCAGAAGUAGGAGGAGGGAUGAGCCGGGUGGAGAGGACUCGGAACUCCUUGAGCCCCACCAUGGCACCCAAGCUCAGCUUAGAGGUUCGAAAACUCAGCAAUGGCAGGUUAUCCACAUCCCUGAAGCUGGGGCCCCUGCAGCCUAGGGGAGUGCCACUACGAGAGAAGAAGGCCACCCAGAUGGUGGCCAUUGUGCUUGGAGCCUUCAUUGUCUGCUGGCUGCCCUUCUUCCUGACUCAUGUUCUCAUUACUCACUGCCAGGCAUGCCAUGUGUCCCCGGCGCUUUACAGAGCCACAACAUGGCUAGGCUACAUGAACAGUGCCCUUAACCCUGUCAUCUAUACCACCUUCAACGUGGAGUUCCGCAAAGCCUUCCUCAAAAUCCUGUCCUGCUGAGGGAGGAGAAGAGGCCGCACUCCCUUUACCCAUGUCAAGAUGCCAGGCAGGUUGGAUCCCUGCCCACCAGGGUCUGCCUGAAAUGACUACACUGUGUUCUGGCGUGUGUGGUAUGAAGAUUCGGGAAGGAGGACAGCCCUGGUUAGGAAUGACCAACUGUUUUAUUCCGCAAUAGAAUGGUCUACCUCCCCGGCUUACAUCUGACUUCAUUCUGCCAGGCUUCAGAUUGCUAAGUGCUGGGCAAUAGCUCAGAGAGAUGCUGGUAAGAAGUGUAAGGGACACACACAGAGAGUUGUCACUGGAGACAUGAUGCAUCGGAGUGAAAGAAAAAUGAACAGGUCUCGGCAGGCUCACCCUGCCAGGGGUCCUUGAAAUCACAGCCAGGAAGCCAGCCGUCUCGUAGACAGUCGGUUUUUCUUCUUUCAGACCCGUAAUUAACUGUCAGCACAGUUAACCUUGUGCAUCCGUGGGACCCAUUUGCUGUUUUCCUUCACUCUAUCCUGAAACACAAAAGGCAAGGCCGAUGUUUAAACCUUUCUGUUAGGAUGGAAUUGGCUGCAUUUGGUGAGGGUCUGCUUACCCCAGAGCAGACACCGUCCCACAUUGGGACUUGGGUUUGUUUCCACCCUUACUGCCCUUACCUGUUAGCUCUGGCUUGGGGAGGGGGUCCUAUGCUUUAUUCCCUGACUAUCUCAAGACAAUUGUAGGGUCUUGAUUUCCGGAAUCGUUCAAGACAAGACGGUUGAAGAAGGUAAGUCAGUUUCCUCUGCAGUAUCAUGGCUGAGCUUGGUGGUUUAGAAAGUGCCUUCUCUAUGCUAUCCAUCACUAGGUUUUCUUAGCCAGGAACUUCCAUCUGCUCAACAGAGGCCCAAAACCUUCAGGCCUUGAUAGCCACCAAGUGUAUGGAAAGUGCUAGUCGCCUCCCAGAUUCUGAAUAGAUGACCCUGACUGAGGCAGUCUCUUCUCAAAGACUUUACUCUCCCCUGGCCCUGACGUUUGCCCGUGUGUGGUAGUGACUUGCCUAGACUUGCGAAGGGCCUCGGAACUGAGGGUGCUAGGGGACAGCCACCCCAAGUCAUCACAUGCUGAUCUAUAAAACCCAAGUCAGAUCCUAGCCACUACCCUUACAACUGUGUUCAGAGUAUAACAGAAACCGGGUGUGUCGACUCAAGGAACAAAAGCACCAGAAAUAAUAGGUAAAUGGCAUUCAAAAUUGUAUUUAGAUGGAGCUAUAAUAUGUACAUCAUUUACCUUCGCACCUACAGAACUUAUUUUUUUAUUGAUUUCAGAAUCAAGGUCAAAUUAAUAGAUAAUUUAUGAAAUGUUGUCAGCCUGAACUUCAAUAAAUUUACCUUUCAGAGCAUUAGUAUAUAGCAUGAUAGAUAGUGGCUGGCUGGCAUGCUGUUAAAACUUUAAAGAGCCCAAGAACUUCACAAAGGAUUCAAGGCCUCACCCACCCCAGCUUUAUUUGUCUGACCCUAAUGAUUAGUUGCCUGAUAGUCGUGCAUGCUUUGGUGCCAGCACUUCAAAGUCUUAUUAGCUAUAAUAUUUGCUAUUGUAACACAGUAUGAAAACCCAAAUCCUCUCUGUCCACGACCUCUUAUAUUGAGUGCCAUAAAGUAUGAUUGGUUUUUGUUACAGGCAAAGCUGAUUCCUGGACACUUAAAUCUGCAAAAAUAAAGGUUUAUGAUUUCUAAAUUUUCCCAUUCAAAAUAAGUAAAAACAGAUGAGCCUGUGAGGUAAAAUAUUAUAAAGUUCAAUGUAAAAAUAAUAAGAAUCUAGAAGCCGAAAUAUAAGCAUUGGUAUCAAUACCUUUGUGAGGAAGAACGACAGCAGUUAAUUUUUUAUUCCAUUUCAUUUUAUUUUAUGCAUAUAAGAGU